AUGUUGGAUGCAAAACCGACAGCCACACCACUCCAACCUAAUAUUCAGCUGACAACCACAAGAGAUCCUUUCUCUGAUCCCACUCAGUAUCGCUCUUUCGUUGGUGCACUCCAGUAUCUCACUAUAACUCGUCUUGAGUUGUCCUAUGCGGUAAAUUUGGUUAGUCAGUUUCUUCAAGUUCCAACAAAUGAUCACUUUCAAGCAGUUAAACGCAUCCUUCGAUAUGUCAAGGGCACCAUGUCCUAUGGCUUGUCCUUCACCCGUGGAGCUUCCCUUAAUGUUCUUGGACACUCGGAUGCAGAUUGGGCUCGUUGUAUUGAGACUAGACGAUCAACCUAUGGUUAUUCUAUCUUUUUAGGCAGAAAUCUCGUUUCAUGGAGUGCUAAGAAACAACCAAUCGUAGCUCGAUCAAGUUGUGAAUCAGAAUAUAGAGCCAUGGCUAAUGCGGCAGCUGAACUAAUAUGGAUUACUCAUCUUCUACAUGAUCUUCAUAUUUCCCAUCAAGCGCGAACUCUUCUUUGUGACAACAAGAGUGCAAUAUUUCUCUCCUAA